AUGAGCGACUCAUCAUCCGCACUCGCUGCUUCUAAAUCGGCAAACUCAUUUGAUGCGUCGGGCUCCUCUUCGACGUCGGGAAAAACUUGGUUGGACAAGUUUGUGGUGAAGAACUGGAACCGUUGCAUUCUCAUCCCAAUUGACAAUAUUCCACAAAAUUAUCAAAUAGCUGUUGCUGAGAAUAAGCUGGUCAUGAUCCCUGAUAAUGAGCCAUGCAACGGAGAUCGCCUCAGACAGUCCGCGGAAAAAUGCGCAUGCCGCUACUGUUCGAUUGGAGAUCGUGACAUCCCUUCGCAUCAAGUCUAUCGAGGAAUUCCGGAGAAAGUUGCACGGAAGAAAAUUGUGUUGAAGCCGCGAAAUAGCGGUUUGCCGAAUGGCGAAGAACCGCGUCGGCGUAGACACCGUCGACGCUUCGACAGCUCGAUUUUUGAUGAAAUAGAUGAUUAUGAAGAUUUGCCGCACGCAUUGCCAAGAUUUCACAUCACAGCGCUUGAAUGGCCAAAUCAGGAAAUGACGAGAUGCGGAAUUACCAUUCCAUCGAUAUUCAAUUCCGACAAAAAAUUCAUUUUGUUCUAA